AACAGCCAGAAUCCCCAAAUGAUUUCGAUUUGAUUAAUCACAAAGAUACACAUUUUUGCAGAUCAAGGAAAGAGAAAAAGCAAGAACUAAACCAACAAGAUAAGGACAUCUCCUCUAACCCACCAACCAUAACUUGCACUCAAAACAUACAUUACAUUCAUUUUAAGCUCACAAUUAAUUGCAGAAAACUCCAACUGUCGGCAAACUUCUGCUUUUUUUGGACCCCAAAAUAAAGAAAAUUGUAGUAAGGGGUCACUUCAUACAGUCAUAAAGAGUCAAAAUUAGGGAUUACAUAUAUUUUUUGGAGGGAUUUGAUUUAAUUGGAAUUUUUGAGUUGAUUUAUUCAAAUGUUAGUCCAAGAUCAAAUACCCACGAAGGGUUCAGCAAAUUUGCCCAAAUCCAAGGUUAGAAAUCUCCCAAUUUUACAUUCUAAUCGAUUUUCUGAGUCUAAAACCCUUGAUUUCUCUACAUGGGUAUCUGAAAAUUUGUAUAAAAUUGUUGCAAUUUUAGUAUUAUUAGCUACAUUUGCUGUUCUGUUUUUCCUUAGAAAUUUUGGAAAUGCUGCAGUUUGUUUAGAGACCCAAUCUAUAGAACAUGAAACCAUUCAUUUUCCCAAAAUUGAUUGGAAUUCAAUCACACCCAUCACUGAUAAAGUCACUCCUUAUGCGAAUUUUCGCUCAGAAAGAUGGAUUAUUGUAUCUGUUUCGGAUUAUCCGACCGAUUCGUUUAAGGCAUUGGUGAAGAUUAAAGGGUGGCAGGUUCUUGCAGUUGGUAAUUCAAGAACACCUUCCGAUUGGAAUCUUAAGGGUGCCAUUUUUUUGUCUUUAGAUAUGCAAUCAAAGUUGGGUUUUAGAGUAUUUGAUUAUCUGCCUUUUGAUUCGUAUGUUAGGAAAACUAUUGGGUAUUUGUUUGCUAUUCAGCAUGGUGCUACUAAGAUUUUUGAUGCUGAUAAUAGAGGGGAUGUAAUUGAUGGUGAUUUAGGGAAAUAUUUUGAUGUGGAAUUGACAGGAGAGCAAUCUAGGCAAGAGAUUAUAUUGCAGUAUACGCACGAGUAUGCGAAUCGAACUGUUGUUAACCCUUAUAUUCAUUUUGGGCAACGGUCCGUUUGGCCUAGGGGAUUGCCACUUGAAAAUGUAGGUGAAAUUGGGCAUGAAGAAUAUUAUACUGAAGUGUUUGGUGGGAAGCAGUUUAUUCAGCAGGGGAUCUCUAAUGGUCUUCCUGACGUUGAUUCGGUUUUCUAUUUUACGAGGAAAUCAAGUUUGGAUGCAUUUGAUAUUAGGUUUGAUGAGAAGGCCCCAAAGGUUGCACUACCGCAGGGUAUGAUGGCGCCCUUAAAUUCUUUCAAUUCACUUUAUCAUACUUCGGCAUUUUGGGGUUUGAUGCUUCCUGUUUCUGUCAGUACUAUGGCUUCUGAUGUGUUAAGAGGUUAUUGGGCUCAGAGGCUUUUGUGGGAAAUCGGAGGCUAUAUGGUUGUUUAUCCUCCCACCGUUCAUAGAUAUGAUAGAGUUGAAUCAUACCCUUUUUCGGAUGAGAAAGAUCUCCAUGUAAAUGUGGGUCGUUUAGUUAAAUUUUUGGUUUCGUGGAGAUCCCACAAGAAUAGAUUGUUUGAAAAGAUAUUGGAACUGAGUUUUGCUAUGGCGGAAGAAAGAUUUUGGACCGAGAAAGAUGUUAAAUUUACUGCUGCUUGGCUUCAGGACUUGCUUGCUGUUGGGUAUCAGCAGCCACGGCUAAUGUCUUUAGAAAUUGAUCGGCCUCGAGCUGCUAUUGGUCAUGGAGAUAGAAAGGAGUUUGUCCCUAGAAAGUUGCCCUCGGUGCACCUUGGGGUUGAGGAGACAGGUAGCGUGAACUAUGAAAUCGGGAACUUGAUUCGGUGGAGGAAGAACUUUGGAAACAUUGUGCUUAUUAUGUAUUGCAGUGGCCCUGUUGAACGUACGGCCUUGGAAUGGAGAUUACUUUAUGGUAGAAUCUUCAAAACCGUUAUAAUUUUGUCUUCAGAAAAGAACGAAGAUCUUGCUGUUGAUCAAGGGCAGUUGGAUUAUGUUUACAAGCAACUUCCUAAGAUAAUGAACAGAUAUUCAAGUGCAGAAGGAUUUCUUUUUCUCCAAGAUAAUACCAUCCUUAAUUACUGGAAUCUAGUACAAGGUGACAAGAAUAAGCUUUGGAUCACCAAUAAGGUGUCGAAGUCGUGGACUCCUGUCUCAACCAAAAACGGUGAUUGGUUUUCCAAACAAGGAGAAUUGGUAAAAACGGUCGUUAACAGCAUGCCGGCUCACCUCCAAGUAAACUACAAAGAAGCUGCAAAGAGCCAUGAAGACUUUGUCGUAUGCAGUUCCGAGCUAUUCUUCGUUCCAAGGAGAUACGUGGAGGAUUUCAUCGAUCUAGUCGCUUUAGUAGACAAGUUCAAUAUACAUCAAAAAGUCGCAAUCCCCUUAUUCUUUUUGUCGAUGGAUUCACCACAAAACUUUGAUCCGAUCUUCAAUACAAUGGUUUACAAAAAGAAAGCACCGUCUACCAACACGACCUUGUACUCUGCACAAGCUCCCGCUAUUCAUCCAUGGAGCGUAUCGAGUGAACAAGAAUUUAUCAAGCUUGUAAGAGUAAUGGCUGCCGGAGAUCCUCUUCUUAUGGAGUUGGUUUGACGUGGAUUGUUUCGUACAUUUGCCAUUACAGUAAGUAAACAAGAAACAGGAACUAGAAAAGCAUAUGUAACACAAUUAAUGAACAAUUUUCCCUUUUUUGGUCCUUUAUUUCUUGCCCUCAAAGGGGGAGGAGAUUUUGUAAAUUUUUUCUUAUGAUUCAAUUGAGUGAGUGAAUAUUUCAAAGGAAAUAGGAGGAAUUUGGUUUAUUCUUUCUAACAUUCUUCCAGUUAUAUGUAAAUUUCUUAUUAUUUCUUUUCUAACUUUGUUCAUAUAUAUGCUGAUGUACUGGUAAUAUAG